AUGGAGCCGUUUGUUCGGGAACAGCUGACACGCAUACCGAAUUCAACGAUUGAAAAAAUUCUGGAAGGUAAAAUACUGUUCGAAGUAAACUGUUUUGUCGAACCAAAUACUCUGCGAUGUAUGGAAAGAUUAUUUUUGGUUAUAGCAUAUGAAGAUAUUGACUGCAGUUUAAACAAACGACAGCUUUUCGAUAAAUUGUUUGGUUUCUUCCGCGCCGAUUCGCUAAUGACGGCCUGUGAAGAAGCUUUUGCAUUUCUUAUCCUGGAUCAACAAUCCGAAAGUAAAGCCUUUCGUGUGUCGCUAAAAACAACUGGCAAAUGGCGUCGCAGGAUUUAUUCAGAUAAACUAUCUGCUAGCAUUGCGCAGUAUAUCAAACGAGCAACAGGGCUGAGAAGUUCACUCCAUAAUGCUACUCUGGAGAUAUGUAUUCAUGUUACUGAAAAGUAUAUUUUUGUCGGUAUCCCGCUAACACGGAAGCCUUUGUCCCUAAGGUCUUAUCUAUCCGAUAAUGCACUUCGUUCAACUAUUGCUGAUGCAAUGUUACAACUUACCGAUAUACAAGUUGGCGACGUUGUUCUAGAUCUGACUUGUGGUUCAUCCUCCAUACUGCUCCAAGCCGCGCACGAUUUUCCCGACAAAGUAAAGCGAAUUUUUUUUUUCUUUUUAUUUCUUUUCCCGCGGCAAUUUGAUGAUGUCGUGAAAAAUUUCAUUUCAUCGCUGAAAAGCAUCGGUAGCCGUAGUAAGACAGUUUGGCGUAGUAACCAGGCAUUUUUGCUGGGAGCAGAUUACUGCUGGAAUGCCUUGCAACUUUCGCUGAGCAACCGAGAUCAUUUACGAAAGGCCGACAGUUUGGAACCUCUAAUGGAUCUACUAUGCAUGGACUUGUUUAACGAGUGUUUCAAAUUCAAAGCGAUUGAUCAUAUUGUGUCGGAUCUGCCAUUUGGACAACAGCACGGAACAAACGAGUCUGCUCUAAGGAUACUUCAGCAUAUCUGCGACAUCUUUUCAAAGUAA